CUAGUCUGUUCGCUGGUGAAAUCACCGAGGCGGCUGUUGAAGAAGUUGUGUAACCAGUAAAACCACCGUGGAGUCAGUGGAGAAACCAAAAACAUCACGAGAUUUCCUGGAAUCCAGACUUAUUAGUUUUCUCUCACUGUAAGUUUAAUUUCUGCUCGGUGUAACCUGCUUUGAAGCCUGAAAGCUCGCACUUAAUGUCGAAGCUGAGUCGGUGCUGAGUGUCAUUAUGAGAUGUCGUCUCAUAGCGCCUCCUUCGUGCAAAUCAAGUUUGAUGACAUCCUCUUUUACGAGAACUGUGGCGGUGGCAGCUUCGGGAGCGUUUACCGAGCCAGGUGGAUCUCCCAGGACAAAGAGGUUGCGGUGAAAAAACUGCUGAAGAUUGAGAACGAGGCUGAAAUCCUCAGUGUCCUCAGCCACCGUAACAUCAUCCAGUUUUAUGGCGCCGUUGUUGACGCUCCCAAUUAUGGAAUUGUCACUGAGUAUGCAAGUGGUGGAUCACUGUAUGAUUACCUGUCCAGUGACAACAGUGAGGAAAUGGACAUGGGACAGAUUAUGACAUGGGCUGCGGAGAUUGCACGAGGAAUGCACUACUUACAUUCAGAGGCCCCUGUUAAGGUGAUCCACAGAGACCUGAAGUCCAGAAAUGUUGUUUUAGCUGCAGACAGAGUUCUCAAGAUCUGUGAUUUUGGAGCAUCCAAGUUUUUGACCCACACAACACAUAUGUCCUUGGUGGGCACGUUUCCCUGGAUGGCUCCAGAGGUGAUCCAGAGCCUGCCUGUGUCUGAGACCUGUGACACCUUCUCCUAUGGUGUGGUGCUUUGGGAAAUGCUCACCCGUGAGAUACCCUUCAAAGGCCUGGAAGGCUUACAAGUGGCCUGGCUCGUGGUAGAGAAAAAUGAGAGGUUAACCAUCCCCAGUGGCUGUCCUGCCAGCUUUGCUGAGCUGAUGAGAAAGUGCUGGGCAGUCGAGCCAAAAGAAAGGCCAAUGUUCAAGCAGAUUCUCUCCACUUUGGAGUCCAUGUCUAAGGACACCCAACUUCCUGAACAGUGCAACUCUUUCCUUCACAACAAGGCUGAAUGGAGGUGUGAGAUUGAAGCGACACUUGAGAGACUUAAGAAGCUGGAGAGAGACUUGAGCACGAAAGAGCAGGAGCUGAAGGAGAGAGAGCGGCGUCUAAAGAUGUGGGAGCGCAAACUCAUCGAACAAUCCGACAGCCCGCUCUUCUUACCCGUGACAAAAAAGAUAAGCGCUAAGUCGUUCUAUCAGUCUAAGACGGAGGAGUCAAACAGUUCACAGAUGUCAUGUCAGAUCUCAGCCUCCGGUAACGAGGACGUGAAUCUGCGAUCCUUAAUGAAAGGGUUUGAGGACAUGUUUUCCCCGGACUGUGGGCGGGCCGUCCUGCACUCAGGCAUGCAGGUCAACAUGCAGGCCAAGCAGAACUCUUCCAAGUCCAGCUGUGUGAGAGAAGGACACAAAAUCAACAUGACUCUGGGGAUGGAACGCCUCACGUGGUCUGACGACAGUGAAUAAGCCUGCUCCGCUGUUCAGUGCUGCCACAGCUGGGUCUGCUGCAUCUGUCAAUCACCGUGAUCUCAGCUAAUGCAUGAUUGGUGUUGUGGAAGAACUCUUAAUGAAUUACUUGUUAAGUCAUGUUGAUUGUCGUCAUUUCAAUAUUCAUUACUUUGUCCCUGGAAAAACAUCUUGGCACACUAUCUUCUUUUCUUUGGACAACUUUUACCUAUAAUGUCCAUUCAAAAAAAGCACAGAGAUGUCACUAUUACAGAAUAUAUUUAAAGGCCCCCCCCCCCCAGGAUAUUAUAGAUGUAAUUUACUGUAUGCCUAAUGUACUGGGUGUAUAGUGCCAUGCUGUGAAGAAAGAGCCACGUGAGCCAGUUGCUUAGAGAAGGCCAGGCUUUUAUGAUGAAGUGACAUUUUGCUGACAUUAAGAUUGGCCAAUUUGUACUGGAUGUGGUGGAGUGCAGUUGUUGAACGCAGUCUCUUACUGAAAUGAGAAAGUACAUGUUUUUUCCUCUGACUGACCCUGGUUCAAAACAGCAGGAAAGGAACUUUGCUGUGUGACUGUCAGCAUCAGUCCCUCAUUUUACUUUCUUUUUUAUUGAUAAAUAAUUACUUAAUACUGAGGCCAUUAUAAUAAUGAUAAUAACAUUUAUCAUAAUAAUGCUUCUGCACAAAUGGCCUUCAUCAGAAGUUGCAGUUCGAUCAGCAUUAAUCGCAUCUACAUGGCUUAACCAAGUAAUUCACAAUACAGAUUUCAAUGUAAAUACUUCCUCUCCAUAGACAGCAUAGAAACAACAUUUUAAAUCCUAACCAAUAUUAGCCUCAGGACCUGCACUUUACAGUAGAGAAAAUCGUAUUAGCAUGAGUGUUCAGUUAGGUAUUAUGCUUCAUCUGGGGGAAGGACAUGCUUCCUUGAGCAUAGCCCAUUAAAUUGUCCCCUUCGCUUGUUAUCAUUAGUCAGUCUCAUGAGGAUGUAAUCCUCUGUACUGCUGUGUUGUUGCUUGUUAGCUUCCUGCCAUGAGCUAAUACUCCUAUUCAAACAUUGCCUGUGCUCUCGUGCCAUCACCCUAGAUGUACUAGACUAGACAUAACAAUUGCCACCGACUCUUACCAACACUCAUAUUUCCCUGUGUGAAAAUCCAGCCACUUUGGCGCAUCCUGAAACAUUCAACUUCCACAUUUGUUUAGUCGUCCCUAUGAGCUUCCAUCAAAAUCAUACAAGUAGCAGCUUCAUGAUGUGACUUAUUUUUCUGCAUCUUUCACUGUUUGUCAAUAAAUUGUUCAACUCUCUGCUUCUCUGUCUAUCUUACACUGUUUUGAUUGCUGUCGUACAUGAACAAAUAUUGAUGAAAGGACAAAUGUUUCAUGAGAUUUAUAUGGUAUUGCUAUUAUUACUAUUAUUAUUAUAAUUAUUAUUAGUAGUAGUAUUAUUAUAACCAAACAAAGGCACACAGCAAAAAGUGUCUAAUACCAUUUUUUAUGCAAUUGUAAAAUAUAUAUUUCUUCUCAAAGGAUUUUGUUUUGCUGCUUUUUCUAAUAUUAACUUCAUGCCACUUUGAGAUUCCCAGUAUCCAUGGCCUGGUUAUCCAUCAUCCACUUAGUCCACAUGGGGGCAGGAUUGUGUGAACUAUACCCAACUCAAAAUCUUUUCUCGCUUCUUUCUUGAGCCCACACAAAAAUCUUUAACACAAAAACACAGCCCUCGUUUUAAAAUAUUAGAUUUAGGUACCUUUUUUCUCAACAGCAUGCCACGUGUCUCAAAAGAAACAAGCCGUUCAUUUGUGAAAUAGAAUAUGCAGCUUGAAAAGUGAUGUUUAGUCACUUCAGGGAGACUUUGGCAGUAGCGGAGUGUCUCUGAAUGUGUUUACUUCCGAACCGCGGCACUGGAGGAGGCGGAAAGCGCUGCGGGGCUGAGUUGCUUUAUGAGGCUGCACUGAAAUGUAUGGCAGCGACUGUCUAGUGAGGCCAGCAUUCAGUUCAUAAACUGAGCUGUUAUCAGAUGUCGUGGGAAGAAGACAGUGAAUAGGGAUUACUCAUUCAUUUAGUCAUCUUUCCUCCAAUUUUACAUUGCAUUAUUUCUGUCAUUACACACCAGUCUCAUGAUCACAAUGAUGAAAUCUUUAUUUUGCCUGGCAACUUUGUGCCUGAUUACAUUUAAUGAGCAAUAAAUGACUUAUCGUUCAAAUAGAUCCUGUUAAAUCAGUCAGACGGACAUUUUGGUUUGAUAUAGACCAUUAGAGGCAAGGCGUCGUAAUCACACAGCACAAUAACCCGAAGAAAGUGAUGGCCUAAAAAACAUGGAAGACAUGGCUAUUUUCCAUUUUAAUAACAUUUACUUAAGUUUUUUGAUUUCUACUUUGAGAUCUGUCUGUCAUAAACACACACACAUGCUAUCAGUGUCCAUCCAUAUUCUAUUGCUGCUACUUCUAUUUGUGUUUUGUGUCUAUACAGUUGCUGCCCACUCUUGACAUCUAU